GUUGCUGGAACAGCCGCGCGCGCGGGGGGAGGGAGCGGCGGCGGCGGCGUUGCGGGGACCCCCGGCCCCGCGCGGCGGUUUCAAGGUCCCCCGGGCCGGGCCGGGCCGAGGCGCAGCGCGGGGCCGGGAUGGCGGCGGGGCGCUGCCGGUGACAGCGGGGCCGUGCAGGAUGUACGGCAAGGGCAAGGGCUGCGGCGUGCCGUCCGACGGGCAGGCCCGCGAGAAGUUGGCGCUGUACGUCUAUGAGUACCUCCUGCACGUGGGAGCCCAGAAAUCCGCGCAGACGUUCCUGUCCGAGAUCCGAUGGGAGAAGAACAUCACGCUGGGCGAACCGCCGGGCUUCCUGCACUCCUGGUGGUGCGUCUUCUGGGACCUUUACUGCGCAGCCCCCGACCGCCGUGAGACGUGUGAGCACUCGAGUGAGGCCAAAGCCUUCCACGACUACAGCGCAGCGGCGGCGCCCAGCCCGGUGAUGGGGAACCUUCCCCCCAGCGAUGGCAUGGCGGGGGGGCCCAUGCCCCCCGGCUUCUUCCAGGCACCGCCGGGCUCACAGCCAUCGCCGCAUGCUCAGCCCCCCCCCCACGCCCCCACCGCCCCCAUGAUGGGGCCGCACCCCCAGCCCUUCAUGUCCCCCCGGUACCCCGGCGGCCCCCGCCCCGCGCUGCGGAUGAACCAGCCACCCGUGGGUGUCCCCGGCUCUCAGCCGCUGCUGCCCAACGCCAUGGACCCGGCUGCGCGGGCACAGGGGCAUCCGAACAUGGGGGGCCCAAUGCAGCGCAUGAACCCCCCCCGAGGCAUGGGCGGCAUGGCACCACAGACCUACGGCAGUGGGAUGCGCCCCCCCCCCAGCUCGCUGGCCGGCCCCGGCAUGCCCGCCAUGAACAUGGGUCCCGGUGGCCGCGGGCCGUGGCCAAACCCCAACACCAACUCUAUCACCUACUCCUCCUCAUCCCCCGGGAACUACGUGGGCCCCCCCGGCGGCGGCGGCCCCCCCGGCACCCCCAUCAUGCCCAGCCCCGGUGAUUCCACCAACUCCAGUGAGAACAUGUACACCAUGAUGAACCCCAUCGGGCCGGCGGGGACCCGGCCAAAUUUCCCAAUGGGGCCGGGGCCGGAGGGGCCCAUGAGCGGGAUGAGCGCAAUGGAGCCCCAUCACAUGAACGGAUCCUUAGGCUCUGGGGACAUGGAUGGGCUGCCCAAGAGCUCUCCCAGUAACAUGGCGGGGCUGACCAACCCCCCCGGCACCCCGCGGGACGACGCCGAGAUGGGCACCAAUUUCUUAAACCCCUUCCAAAGCGACAGCUACUCGCCCAGCAUGACAAUGAGCGUGUGAGCCCAGCGCCGAAGCCGGCCGAGAACCCGACGCCCCCCCGCGGUGCCAAAAAAACCCCCCAUAAUUAAUUUUUCUGUAUUUAAUAACCCCCCCCCCCCCCCCAAACCCGCCCCCAGCAAUCACACAAACAAACCACCACCACCCCCCCCCCAAAAAAAAAGGAAAAAAAAUGACACCCCCCCCUUAAAAAAAACCACCAAAUGACCAAAAAAAGGAGAAUCAGAAUCUGAGCUCUGCACCGUUGUGGCGACCGCGGCUGAGACCCCCCCGGCCCCCCCCCCUUUGGGCACACAGCGGUGGCAGAGGGCAGGAGGGAGCCCAAGGUGGGGGGGGGAAUCUGCAUCCUCUCCUGUGAGCCCCCCCUCCUGCCCCCAACUCUGGGCCACGCAGCACUGGGGGGGAGGGAGGGGGAUGUAUUUAUUCGGGGGGGUCGCAGUUUGCUCCCUUCCCACCCCCCUAAAGAAACGAACAGCGCUGUGCUGUCUGUUGCACACUGCAUUGCAAUGAGCUGCGAUGCUGUGGAGCAGUGCCCCCCCGCCCCCCCCCCACAGCACUGCCUGGAGGGGUCCGCCCCCCCCCCAGCGGGCAGAACCCCCCCCCCAAUCACAUGAAGGCGGGGGGGGGCAGCCGCAUUGUGGCUCUGCCAAAGCCGCAGCACGGGGGUGGGGGGGGGGCGCAGAGCCAGCACAGCCCCCCCCCCAGCCAGCGGCCUCCUGCCAGGCUGAGCAGAGGGGGGUGUCAAGCCAUACCUCCCUGGAGCCCCCCCAGCUCUAUAGGGCACCCCCAGUGCAGAGAGCAGCCCCCCCUCCCCCCCAGCCCCGUCUGCGUGCUCAGACAGCACUGUGAUCUUCCUGCCCCCCCGACCCGAGCGGCAGACCGGGGCCCCCCCGCCCCCCCCCGAGGGACCACUUUUAGAAAAGAAACUUUAAUUAAUGAAGGAUUUUGGGGUUGGAUUUUGUUUUGUUUUUUUUUUUCUCUCCUCCUUUUCCUUCUCUUUUGUAUCAGAAAGGACCUCAGCCUCCCCCCCCCAACUUUUACCAUCCCCCCCAUCCUCUACCGCGCGCCCCGGCCCCCCCCUGUACAGCCUGGAGCCGGGACCCCCCCCCGUAGUUGUUCUGUGUAGGGAAAGCGCUCCCCGCUUUCUUAGCCCCGGGUCUAUAGAGCAAGCAUUGCUAUGGAAACAAAACCCGGGGGGGGGGGGGGGGGAGGAAAAAGGAAAAAAAAAAAAGAAAAAGAGAUUUCCCCCCCCCCCUCCCCCCCAAAAAUGAAAAUGACAAAAAAAAAAAAAAAGAAAAAGAAAAAAACUGAAAAAAAAAAGGAGCAAAGCAACCGACCCCGCAUCAAUAAAUGUCAGCUGAUGUUUUUCAGAA